AUGGAGAGGGAGGCGUCCCCUGCUGCUGACGGCCGGCCGGUAAAGCUGCAGAAAAUCGAAGAAGCAGCAGCAGCAGCAGCAGCAUCUGAAGCGGAGCCAGCAGCAGCAGCAGCAGGGGACAGCCCGGGCCGCGGCAGCAGCAGCAGCGACGCCCCUGCUGCUGCUGCUGCUGCUGCUGCUGCUGGCGAGACUGACUGCAGCAGCCCGCGCAGCCCUCGCAAAGACGCCUCCCCGCGCCGCAGCAGCAGCAGCAGCAACGGCAGCAGCAGCAGCAGCAGCAAAGAAGUGGAAGCAGCAUGGGCUGAGACAGAAUAUAAAAACUGGAAAGUAAAUGCUCAAGUGCUUUAUGAUGUGCUGCUGUGUGUCCCUUUGGAGUGGCCCGCCCUCACCGUGCAGUGGCUCCCAGGCCUUACGCCCUGCUCUAGCUCGUCCGUGGUGAAGCAGCGGCUGCUGACGGCGACCCACACAAACGGCGCGGAAGAUGACGCGCUGCUGGUGCUGCAGGUGGAGCUGCCUGUUGGCCCCUUUGACGACACGCAAACAAAUGAAUACAAAGAAAGAGGCGACUACGAGGGUUUCCACUACGGCCUCUCUUCUUACAAAACAAAAGUGGUCAAGAGGCUUCCUCAUCCUCAGGAGUCCAACUGCGCACGGUACAUGCCCCAGCAGCCGUCUAUAGUUGCAAGCUGCGCCGUCGACGGCAGAGUUCUGCUAUAUGAUCUGGAAGCCCCCGGUAUCUGCGAGGGGCCCGAAGCGAGUCUAAUUGGAAACAAAGGCGAAGC